CGCCCUCACCAAAAGAAGCAAAAGGCAGGAACAAUGCCGGCUGCCAACCACCAGCCACCACGCACACCAGUCAGAUUGACAAGGCAAAGUGCAGCCAUGCCUUCGCCUGGAGGACGCCCGCCACCUAAGCCAAGACAUCCCUUGCCUCCUAAGACCACUUCGAAAGCCACCCCUAAAAGAAAUGCCAUUUCCAGUAGUACCCAACAACAGGUCCAGGUCCAAAGGACUGGAGCUAGGUCCUAUAUAGCCCAUCGUUACAGCCUGAGGACUAAGUACAACAACAUGGAGCCGGAUGCUGUUGAUUUCUUUGGGGAAUGUAUGAAUAGUCCCCAAAAUGGUCGUACUCCGCUUGCAAAUGAGAUAUAUGAGCAAAUGGUUGCAGAGAAGGAAAGAGAGCUAGAAGAAGGAGAAGCACAAAAGUCACCCUCCAAGAUUGUUGCUGAUAGUCUCAGCCAGAUCAGCCGCUCAUCCACCUUCCUUCCAAACAUUGGUGUCCCUACAAACUCCAAGCUGAAAGAGAGGAAGCUGCUAGGAAGCAGGAAGAGUUGCAAGCACAACUACAAGCUCAACAGGCUGCACUUGAAGAAAACCAAAGUUUGCUGCGCCAGACCCAAGAGGAAGUGAAGGGGAUGCAUACCAAGUUUGAAGAGA